GGGGAGGGGGAGGGGGAGGGGCGGCCGCCUCGGAGGGGACCGGCGCUCUCGCACACGCACACACACACACACACACGCACGCACGCACACACACACACACACGCACACCCCGAUCCCGACCGAGCGAAGGCCCCGGCCCCGGGAUGUCUCAGUGGGGCGAGCUGCAGCAGCUGGACUCCAAGUUCCUGGAGCAGGUCCACCAGCUGUACGAUGACAGCUUCCCCAUGGAGAUCCGCCAGUACCUGGCGCAGUGGCUGGAGAAGCAGGACUGGGAGCACGCGGCCAACGACGUGUCCUUCGCCACCGUCUGCUUCCACGAUCUCCUGUCCCAGCUGGACGAUCAGUACAGCCGCUUCGCCCUGGAGAACAACUUCUUGCUGCAGCACAAUAUCCGGAAAAGCAAGCGAAAUCUGCAGGACAACUUCCAGGAAGACCCCAUUCAGAUGGCCAUGAUCAUCUACAACUGCCUCAAGGAAGAGCGGAAGAUCCUGGCUUGUGCUCAGAUGUUCCAUCAGACCCAGGUGGGGAACGUUCAGAACACCGUCAUGUUGGACAAACAGAAGGAGCUGGAUAUAAAGGUCAAAUCCCUGAAGGACAAAGUGAUGGACAUAGAGCAGGAUAUCAAGAUCCUGGAAGAUUUACAGGACGAAUACGACUUUAAGUGCAAAACCUUGCAGAACCGAGAGCACGAGCCCAACGGCGUGGCGCACAGCGACAACAAGCAGGAGCAGCUGCUCAUCCAGAAGAUGUACCUCGCGCUCGACCUCAAGAGGAAGGAAGUGGUCCACAAGAUGAUCGACCUGCUGAACGUGACGGAGCUGACCCAGGGCGCCUUGAUCAACGAGGAGCUGGUGGAGUGGAAGCACAGGCAGCAGAGCGCCUGCAUCGGCGGCCCGCCCAACGCCUGCCUCGACCAGCUGCAGAACUGGUUCACGGGGGUGGCGGAGAGCCUGCAGCAGGUGCGCCAGCAGCUGAAGAAGCUGGAGGAGCUGGAGCAGAAAUACACGUACGAGCAGGACCCCAUCACCAAGAGCAAGCAGGGCCUCUGGGACCGCACCCACGGCCUCUUCCAGCAGCUCAUCCAGAGCUCCUUCGUCGUGGAGAGGCAGCCGUGCAUGCCCACGCACCCGCAGAGGCCCCUUGUCCUGAAGACCGGCGUGCAGUUCACCGUCAAGCUCAGGCUGCUGGUCAAACUACAGGAACUGAAUUACAAUCUGAAAGUCAAAGUCCUCUUCGACAAAGACGUGAACGAGAAGAACACCGUGAAAGGGUUCCGGAAGUUCAACAUCCUGGGGACGCACACGAAAGUGAUGAACAUGGAGGAGUCCACCAACGGCAGCCUGGCCGCCGAGUUCCGCCACCUGCAACUAAAGGAGCAGAAAAACGCAGGCAACAGGACAAAUGAGGGUCCGCUGAUCGUCACGGAAGAGCUCCACUCGCUCAGCUUUGAGACCCAGCUGUGCCAGCCCUCGCUGGUCAUAGACAUCGAGACGACAUCCCUGCCGGUGGUGGUGAUCUCCAACGUCAGCCAGCUGCCCAGCGGGUGGGCCUCCAUCCUGUGGUACAACAUGCUGACCCGGGAGCCCAGGAACCUAUCCUUCUUCCUGAACCCGCCGUACGCCCGCUGGGGCCAGCUCUCCGAGGUGCUGAGCUGGCAGUUUUCUUCGGUCACGAAGCGAGGCCUCCACGCCGACCAGCUGAGCAUGUUGGGAGAGAAGCUCCUGGGGCCCAACUCUGCCACCUCCGACGGCCUCAUUCCCUGGCAGAGGUUCUGCAAGGAAAAUAUAAACGACAAAAAUUUCCCCUUCUGGCUGUGGAUCGAGAGCAUCCUGGAGCUCAUUAAGAAACACCUAUUGUGCCUUUGGAAUGAUGGCUGCAUCAUGGGCUUCAUAAGCAAGGAGCGCGAGCGAGCCCUGCUGAAGGACCAGCAGCCCGGAACCUUCCUGCUGCGCUUCAGCGAGAGCAGCCGGGAGGGGGCCAUCACCUUCACCUGGGUCGAGAGGGCCCAGAACGAGGCUCAGUUCCACGCGGUGGAGCCGUACACGAAGCGGGAGCUGUCCGCCGUCACCUUCCCGGACAUCAUCCGCAACUACAAGGUCAUGGCGGCCGAGAACAUCCCCGAGAACCCCCUCAAGUACCUGUACCCCAACAUCGACAAAGACCACGCCUUCGGCAAGUACUACUCCCGGCCCAAGGAAGCCCCGGAGCCGAUGGAGCUGGACGGCCCCAGGGGGACCGGCUACAUCAAGACCGAGCUGAUCUCCGUGUCCGAAGUCCACCCGUCCCGGCUCCAGACGCCCGACAACCUCCUGCCCAUGUCCCCCGAGGAGUACGACGAGGUGUCCCGCCUGGUGGGGCCCGCCGAGAUCGACACCGUGAUGAACGCAGCCUACCGGACCUGAGCCGGCCCGCCGCCGGGGCGAGCCGCGGGAACCCGGCGCCGCCGCCCGGGGCGGCCGCGGACUCCUGCUGCCUCGAGGCGCCCCCGCCCCCGUCCCACCCCGCCCCCACGUCCCGCUCCGGGCGGCGCCGCCCCGAGCCGCCUGGCCGGAGACGUGACCUGGACUCGCCGGCCGGCCUCCCGCCUCCCGCCCCGCCCCGCCCGCUGUCCCGCUCGCUGUCCGGCCAGCUGGCCCUCGCUCCCCACCCCGCCUCCCAGGUGGACUGGGAACCGGUGGUCGUUACUGGGUCCGAUCUCCAAGUCCUCAAGGUACGAGGUGGUGCGUGUGUGUGUGUGUGUGUGAAAGAGAUGCCCCCUCUGGGGGAGGGGAGGGGGACCAAGCGGGAGCUUCCAGUGGCCCCAGCCCAGGGUGACGACGAGACAGACACGCGCUCCGCCAGUUCGGGCCCGUGCCCCCUCCCCGGCCCCCGCAGGCUGGCCGGUCAGCCCGGCGACCGCAGACACCGCGGCCCCGAGAGCACCCGGGGGGGGGGACGGGGAUCCCGAUCCGGCCCCUCGUCCCGGAUUCCCCAACCUCGGACGAACCCCCGCUCGGGCGCGACCUCACGGCGGAGCCCCACCCCGGCCCCCGCGGAGCCGAAGCCGAGCGCCCGCCACGUACCGACCCCCGGACGGAGCGCCCGCCGGCUACGGAGACCGGGCCGUGACGCCCACCGCCCCUGGGGCCAGGGUGCCGGGGUGGAGCGCCUGAGAGAGGACUCCCGCCACACUGCAAAAACGCGAAACGUUUGCCCAGACGAGACCAGACCAGACGGGAAUCCUGGCUCCGACGGGACGUGUGCUAGCCGCCGCCACACGCAGCACGUGCGGUCCAACGGACGACGUGGGUGUGACCCAGUGGAGCACACGUGCCGCAUACGUGCCCAAGCCCGUGCGUGCGUGUGGGGAUUGGGGGGGGGGUCUCUUCGUGCCUCACGGUUUGUCCUUCCACCCACCCGGGGUGCGGCGCCAGCCGCCAGCUUCUGUUGCCACGGCACUUUGCUUUACGGUGGACAGACGGACGGACGUGCGGCCGUCCUGCCUAUUUAUCGUCAUCUCAUUAAACCGUCUCCCAACUUCG